AUGAAGAAGUUAGACUUCUAUGAAAAGGUAGAGGUCUAUAAUGAAGCAGGGAGAAGAAGUAAAGGCCGUUUUGCAGAUUGGAGAACGAAGGAUUAUAUACAUAAUGGUUUCAGACUCUUGUUUGUUUUGGUGGUGCUCUUUCUAGUCUUUGUAAUGAAACAGCCCAAGGAGCAAAAUGCCACACCACCUCCAUCAAGCAACCACAGCAUCGGCGAUCCUCAUAAGGUUGAUUUGAUUUUGUUGAAAAAUGCUACUGGAUUAGGCGCCGUUUGUCUAGAUGGAAGUGCACCUGGGUAUCAUUUCAGCAAGGGCUUUGAUUCUGGAUCUCGGAGUUGGCUUAUUCACAUUGAGGGUGUUGGCUGGUGCAAUACAGUAGAGUCAUGUGCUAAGCGUAAGCUGACUAAAUUAGGAUCAUCGAAGUUCAUGGAGAAAGAUACUUUCAGUGGCAUUUUGAGUAGGGAAAAGUCACAAAAUCCUGAUUUCUAUAAAUGGAACAAAGUAAAGGUACGCUAUUGUGACGGUGCAUCAUUUGCUGGAAAUUCCGACAGUGAACUUGAGAAAAGAUCGAAACUCUUCUCCAGAGGGCAGACCAUCUGGGAUUCAAUUCUGGACGAACUCUUCGUAUUAGGGAUGUCUAAUGCUAAACAGGCUCUUCUUUCCGGUUGCUCUGCUGGUGGGUUGGCAACUCUCAUACAUUGUGAUGAUUUUGCAAAAAGUUUUCCUGAAGACGUUAAAGUGAAAUGUCUGUCAGAUGCAGGAUUUUUCAUGGAUGACAUAGAUAUAUCGGGUGGCCGCACCAUGCGAUCAUUCUUUCAUGAUUUGGCAAACCUCCAGGGUGUGGAGGAUAGUUUGGAUCAAAACUGUACUUCCGAGCUGAAACCAUUUCAGUGUUUAUUUCCUCGAAAUUUUAUCAAGAACAUAGAUACGCCAGUUUUCCUAGUAAAUCCUUCCUACGAUUCCUGGCAGACCGAACAUAUUUAUAUUCCACAUUCAUCAGAUAAAGGUUGGGGGAAUUGUGCAAAGAACAUUGCACAAUGUAACCCAAGUGAACUUGAGAAAUUACAAGGAUACCGAGAUUCUAUGUUAAGGGAACUAAGCCCAUUUCAGUCGCAGGAACAUAUGGGUAUGUUCAUAGAUUCAUGCUUUACUCAUUGCCAGACGGAUAGCGAAAAAUGGCAUUUUCAUUCUCCGAGGAUCAACAAUAAGACCAUUGCGGAAGCAGUGGGGGAUUGGUAUUUUAAUAGAACAAAGGUACAGAAAAUCGAUAUUGAUUGCCCAUAUCCUUGCAAUCCUACUUGUGAUCAUAAUGCGGGUGGUCACAAUAAUACGAAGGGUUAG